GUCACAAGGCCCCGCUGCGUCUCCCGAGCCGCAGGCGCAAGCCCAGCCCAGCCGGUCGCGGAGCGGGUGCGGGUGCGGGCGCGGGCACAGCGGCCGUCGACUGCGCGGCCGCGCAGCGGACACCGGGCGCACAGGCCUGAGGCGACUCGCGCGACUGGGGGAGACCACAGAACCUGAGGCCAUGUCCCACGAAAAGAGUUUCUUGGUGUCCGCGGACAGCUAUCCUCCCCCCAACCCUGGAUAUCCUGGGGGGCCCCAGCCCUCCUUGCCUCCCUACCCAGGGGCCCCUUACCCACAGCCCCCGUUCCAGCCUUCCCCCUAUGGCCAGCCAGGGUAUCCCCAGGGCCCCAGCCCCUACCCCCAGGGGGGCUACCCUCAGGGUCCCUACCCGCCAGGAGGCUACCCCCAGGGCCCCUACCCCCCAGGAGGCUACCCUCAGGGCCCCUACCCACAAGGGGGCUACCCUCAGGGGCCGUAUCCACAGAGCCCCUUUCCCCCCAACCCCUAUGGACAACCACAGGCCUUCCCGGCACAGGAUUCUGGCACACCUCAGCAUGGGAACUAUCACGAGGAGGGUCCCCCAUCUUACUACGACAACCAGGACUUCCCUGCCACCAACUGGGAUGACAAGAGCAUCCGACAGGCCUUCAUCCGGAAGGUGUUCCUGGUGCUGACCCUGCAGCUGUCCGUGACUCUGUCCACCGUGGCCGUGUUCACAUUCGUCGGGGAGGUGAAGGGCUUUGUCCGGGAGAACGUCUGGACCUACUACGUCUCCUACGCCGUCUUCUUCAUCUCCCUCAUUGUCCUCAGCUGCUGUGGGGACUUCCGGCGAAAGCACCCCUGGAACCUCGUUGCCCUGUCGGUCCUGACCGUCAGCCUGUCCUACAUGGUGGGCAUGAUCGCCAGCUUCUACAAUACUGAGGCGGUCAUCAUGGCCGUAGGCAUCACCACGACCGUCUGCUUCACGGUGGUCAUCUUCUCCAUGCAGACGCGCUACGACUUCACGUCGUGCGUGGGCGUGCUGCUGGUGAGCAUGGCGGUGCUCCUCGUCUUCGCCAUCCUCUGCAUCUUUGUCCGCAACCGCAUCCUGGAGAUCGUGUACGCCUCACUCGGCGCUCUGCUCUUCACCUGCUUCCUGGCAGUGGACACCCAGCUGCUGCUGGGGAACAAGCAGCUGUCCCUGAGCCCGGAAGAGUACGUGUUUGCUGCGCUGAACCUGUACACGGACAUCAUCAACAUCUUCCUGUACAUCCUUACCAUCAUUGGCCGUGCCAAGGAGUAGCCCGAGCCCCUGGCACAUGCGGGGCCCCACUCAGGUGGCAUGGCUGACCUGGACCCUGCCCCCAGCGUGGCAGUUCCUCUGUACCUCCCCUCUCUCAUCCCUGCGCGCAGCCUGGGACAGAGGGAGCCCCUCCCCAACCCUCCUGUGUGUACACUGCAGACACUUCUGUUCGGACCCGCUGUGGCCAGCAUGGCCCCUUGU